AGAAGGGGCGUGUUCCAUCGCGUCUCCACCCCCUGUGGGCGGGGCAUCAGGUGGCGCAGUUUUCAUAAAUCGCUGCUGAUCUCUCCGCAGCAGCGGAACUCGAGCUCUCCGCCUCCGCAAUGGAGUGUCAGGUCUCCCCGGUGUCCAACACACACCCGCUAUAGCGCUCCUGCCCGCUCUACGAGCUGAUGCAAGUCCUCCACAGACCCGGGCUGCCCCGGGCUCCAGACGCCGAGCUGUUGCAGGACAGGAUGGGGGACUCUCAGAACCAGAGCUCCGCCAACAGCUCCGACAGCCGCUUCAGCACCCUGGAGGACAUCGACCUGGCGGCGGAGGGCACCCUGCGCGUCACGAUCUCCAUCGUGUACUCGGUGGUGUGCGCGGUGGGGCUCGUGGGGAACCUGCUGGUCUUCUUCCUCAUCAGAGUCCGCCAGGGCAGGAAGAAAUCCACGAUUAAUUACUUCAUCAUGAACCUCGCCAUCACAGACUUCCAGUUCGUCCUGACUCUGCCGUUUUGGGCUGUGGACACGGCGCUGGACUUCCACUGGCCGUUUGGGAAUGUGAUGUGUAAGGUGGUGGUGACGGUGACCGUGAUGAACGUGUACGCGAGCGCGUUUUUCCUCACCGCGAUGAGCGUGACGCGCUACUGGUCGGUGGCGUCGGCGCUGAAGGAUCGCACGCGGUAUAAGCGCUGCUCGGCGCGUCUGCUCAGCGCGCUCCUCUGGCUCCUAGCCGCCGCCGCGUCCGUACCCACCGCUAUAGUGACCUCCGUGAAGACCAUCAACGGCGUCAAGCUGUGCCUGCAGCGCUUUCCCAACGACCAGAACUGGCACGCGAUCUACCACCUGCAGAAGAUCCUGGUGGGCUUCGUGAUCCCGAUGCUGAUCACGGUGGUCUGUUACGCGCUGCUGCUGCGCCUCAUCCGCCGGCGGAGCAUGAACAACAACCUGCCCAAGCGCAGAUCCAGAGUCACCAAAUCCGUCACCAUCGUGGUGCUCUCCUUCUUCAUCUGCUGGCUGCCCAACCACGCCAUCACCUUCUGGGGAGUGCUGGUUAAACUCAACGUGAUCCACUGGGAUAAGGUGUUCUACAUGCUGCACACCUACGUGUUCCCGGUGACCGUGUGCCUGGCGCACUCCAACAGCUGCCUGAACCCGGUGCUGUACUGCCUCAUGCGCAGGGAGUUCAGGAAGAUGCUGAAGGAUUUCUUCUGGAGGAUUUCCUCUCCCGCGAUCGCCAACAGCUGCCAGAUCCGCCCGUUCUCCGGCACCGCGAAGGAGCGCGAGGACAGCCAGGCGGCGAUCCCGCUGCACGUGCUGGAGACCGAGGAGUACCGGCUGUCGGUGGCGAACGUGCAAACCGACGCGCUGCCCUCCACAGACUGCACCAUUCAGAGGUAGACUGCAGGACCGAGCGGACUUUAUAAAACUUUCUUAUUGUUGUUGUUGUUGUUUGGAGAGCUGCAGCGCUUCUGUCCACAUUCUGCACCGUGAUUUAAACGCGUAGCUCCGGGUGUACAGAGUAUUGAGACGCCAUUCUGGGCUUAUUGAGCUGCGUUGCACUUUUUAUACGGUCCUAUUUCACUCAUGUUUUAGAGGGGAUAUUACUGCAUUAAAAAAUCUAAUUGUGCACUCUAAAAAUGCUGGGAUUUUCAAUCCAAAUUGCGUAAAAUAUGGACAAAUCCGAAUGUUGGGUUAUAUUUGGUAUCAUAAAAAGCUACGCACUGAAUAAUAUCUAAAAUGAACAACUGGAGAAAAAAAGGUUUCGACUGCAAGCAUUCUACAGUAUUAUAUUUGGUCUUAGCUAUAAUAAUAAAAAAAUGAAGGUUGGUUUUGUCCAUAUACUACAACACAACUGGCUUGAAUGACCCAGCCUUAUUUGUUGAGUAUUAAGAUGCCACUGUGUUACUUGAGAGAAGAUAUUAUUUUGAAUUAUGAACACUUGGUGAAUUGUAUAUAAAGAUAUGACAUGAAUUAGUUUUUAAUAUAUUAAAAUUAUUUUUUAAAAUGUCUAACCAAUCUCAUUUACACACUUUUAAUUAGGAUUGGAAUAAAAAAGGUAUUUCAUUAAAAAGUCAAAACUAAUAAUUCUAGGAAAUCUUGUAUAGUUGUAUUAAAUGAAUCCAGAUAUUGAGAUAUCACACAUGCACGCACACUAACAAACUGCUGAACACAAAAUUAUGAGUCCUUCUUUGAAAUUUUAGUUUGUUUUCCAUUUGAUGUUUUCCAAGUGAGGAUUUUUUCAGCACAUUUUUACUCAUGAUCAAUUUAAUAACUUAAUUCUUUUGUCUUUGCCAGG